ACAGUUAUGAGUCAGCCACAUUGCUGUGGGUCUGGAGUCACGUGUUGGCCAGACUAGCCAAGGAUGGCAGUUCACAUAUGUGCGGAGUAAUGGUUUCUGGCAGUGAGGAAUCCACACCUUCCAUAAUCUACCACUGUGUCUUGCGUGGGAUGGAAAGACUUCUUCUCUCAGAGCAGCUUUCACGUUUGGAUGGAGAGGCCUUGGUGAAGCUCAGUGUGGAUAGAUUGAACAUGCACAGCCCUCAUCGAGCCAUGGCUGCCCUAGGACUGAUGCUGACCUGCAUGUAUACAGGCAAAGAAAAGAACAGCCCGAGUCAGAGUUCAGAAACCGAUAGCACAGUGCCAGACAACGAGUCCGUUAUUGUGGCAAUGGAGCGGGUUUCCGUCCUCUUUGACAGAAUCAGGAGGGGCUUCCCUUGUGAGGCAAGGGUUGUGGCACGCAUCCUUCCACAGUUCCUUGAUGACUUCUUCCCACCUCAAGACGUGAUGAACAAAGUUAUUGGAGAAUUUAUUUCCAAUCAGCAGCCCUAUCCACAAUUCAUGGCCACAGUGGUUUACAAGGUGUUUCAGACUUUACACAAUACUGGGCAGUCUUCCAUGGUGAGGGAUUGGGUAAUGCUAUCGCUUUCAAACUUCACACAACGAACACCAAUAGCAAUGGCAAUGUGGAGCCUCUCCUGUUUUUUCGUUAGUGCUUCAACCAGUGCAUGGAUCUCAGCUCUCCUCCCCCACAUUAUCAGCCGAAUGGGUAAGGCUGAACAAGUGGAUAUAAAUCUCUUCUGCUUGUUGGCAAUGGACUUCUACAGGAAACAGAUUGAUGAGGAGCUAGAUCGCCGUGCCUUCCAGUCAGUCUUUGAAAUGGUGGCAACCCCUGGCAGCCCCUAUCACCAGCUGUUGACUUGCUUG